UCUCUUCCUCUGAGGGUAUUUCUGUGUCAGGUGUGCUUUAGCAUCAACAUCUAGGUUGAAUGUUCUAUUUUUGAAAUGCAUAAUUUCAUUUGUUGCAGCUGCUCAGUGGGUUUGCACCACCAGCCCCAGAUCUCAUUUUUAUGCUGCAGUGAAAAUAUUUUAAUAUCAUUUUUACGUAAAAGGAAUGUCCACUGUGAGCUGUCAAGAAGUCACAAUCAACAAGAUUAUUAUCUCACAUACAUAUUUGACUACGGAAGGAAGGAGGAUGAAUUCUGGUGCGACAGCUGCAGGCAGCUGCAUUAUUCACCAACUCAAGUCCACACUGUCAGAAGCUUCUCCAACACCUCUGCUGUUCGGUUUGGUUGGACCUGAGGUUCUGAUGUCACCAUGCUGUUGUCAGAAACCACGUUGGUUUUUAUGGGUAUCUUCCUGUUCUUCUCUGGGGCUGAGGAGGAAACCACAAAGCACGCCUGUGUCUUUAAGGGUUCAUCUGUGAAUCUGACCUGUUCUAACUCUGGCAACAUGAGCUGGUUCACUAUAAACAAAAACAACUCCACCUUUAUUCUGAAAGAGCUUCCACAAGACGGAAGGUAUGUCUCCUACAAUGCAACUCAGAACAGCAACGCCACUCUGACGAUCCUAAAUGUGACAGAAAGUAAUAAAGACUUUUACUGCUGCGGAGAAUCCAGUGAAGAUCCUAAACUCUGCUGGAGCAGCAAGACCAAGCUACACGUGGCAGAUCUGCAGGUGAAGGUGAUUCCUGCUGCAGAGGGAGAAAAAGUCACUCUGAUAUGCAAAACCAGCUGUUCUCCGCCUGAAACGCCUGCACCUUUUGUCUGGUACCAGAACAGGCAGUAUGUUUAUGACAGCUGGUCUCCCUGGUACCAAGAGCUGGUCAGCAGCGAUGACUCUGUCAAAUAUUCCUGCGCUGCAGAAGGUUAUGAGGCUCAUAGAGCUCCUGAGGUCUCCGUGGAUUCUGUGACUCGGGAUUGUUUCACUGUGACCUACGCCAAUGGGAGAAUAUGCUCUCAUGAGCGGAAGUCAGUGGAUAAACCCUGCUCCAUCACGUAUCCCAGAGAAAUACAGGUUUGGAAAAGCCAAGAGGAACAUCUGGUCACUUUGACUUGUGGCAACAAGUGCCCCGCUGCUGACCUGCACACCGCCUUUAGGUGGUACUGGAACGGAAAACCUGUCAGUAGCUGUGAGAGUCAGGACCUGACUGUCAUCAGCUUCCAUUCUCACAUGUCCUGUGCCGUAAAAAACCACGAAGAUCUACGCUCCAAUGAGAAAUGCGGCAGCGUAGGCAGCUGCACAACGGUGAAUUAUAACAGCAGAAGAAUCUGUAGGCUGGAAGGCUCUUCAGUCAGCAUUCCUGGCUUUUACUCAGACCCAAGCAAUUCUAAACUACUUAUGUGGUACAAGGUAAUAAGAAAUGUGGAUGAGGCAGGGGCCAGUGCUGUCUUAGCUUAUGACCUGGACCAUGUGGAGCAUAUCGACAUUGACCAUACCACAAACACACUGAAAAUUGAUGACCUUAAGAAGAACAACUCUGGAGAAUACAUAUUAACCUUCAAAAUAUGUGACAAAUGCAAACUUCCUGAUUCCCCUGGAGUGAUACUAGAGGUUACAGAUGUAAAGGUCACCGUGGUUCCCUCAGCAGAGGUGUCAGAAGGUCAAGAGGUCAGGCUGACCUGCACGACUAGCUGCCCUCUGACAGACAGCACGAUCUAUGUGUGGUACUUUAACAAUCAGACUCUGGACCUGCCCAAGAACCAAAACAAGCACAUUAUUUUCAACCCGGUCAGCAGUCACCAUGCAGGAUACUACUCAUGUGCUGUGACAACUCCCCAUUGCGUGAACUCGUCCAUAAAGGUUCUCACUGUCAAACCUGGCGGACAAUCAAUUACAAUACUGAAUAUAUUGAAACUGAUCGUCUUAUUACUGAUCCCUCCAAUUGGUUUUAAACUGAACUUGAUGAUGAGAAGAAAGACUGAGCAAAGUGGAAAUAGAACAUCUAAACAGGUGAAUCUGAUGCCUGAGACAUUCAGACUGAAGGCUAGAAAUCCCUCUGCAGAAGCAGAGUCAGAUGAGCAACAGGAAGACACCAUGUAAUUUUUAUGCUUGGGUUGGAAUUGGUUUCAGCUCAUCAAGCGUGAUCUAAGUUGUGUCAGGUCUGUUAACAGAGACCACGAGCGCUGCCACAAGCCUCAGUUACUAAGAUAAACACUUUUUCAAAUAACGAUAUCUUCUUCCUGCCUUGAGGUUGGAUAAUGAGUCACCUUAUCUGUAGCUGAGAGCUUCCAGCCCAUUUUGCUAAUAAUGUUUUGAAACAUUAAAGGUGCUCAUGACCAGAUAUCAUGAGAUGCAGCUUGCUUUGUAACACAUUAUUGGAAACUUAAGAGACAAAAAUAACAUAUACCACAUCAAUUGUUAAUAUAAUAUUUUCAAGUUUUUUUCAUGUAUUUUUGUUAUCUGUCUAAUUUUAACUGUAUAAUAAAAUAAUUAAUCCUUUAUACUAAUGUUUGUAAAUCUCAAGCUUCUGUAAUCAAAAUGAUCAAUUUGAAUAAAGAAUUUGAUUAAUGUCA